AUGGGGUUAUCGGCGUCAAAGAGAGUGGAGAAUAGUUUGUCAAACUCGGGCGAUUUUGACUCGGCAUGCGACUCGGCCUUCUCACACUGCCUCGCUCUCACGCAGCACGCUUUCCAAGGGGUGUUUCCAUACCAACUCAAAACCGCCUCCGACUACAUCCACGCCAACACCACACACGCGCUUGUCCGAAAGUGGGUCCCAGCACCACCCGAUCGCACCCAAAUCGACGCCGCACUCCGCCGCCUCCCUCCGAAUCACGACGACGACACCCUCCCACUCCCCCUCUUCAAAAAAUGGGCCCACCACCUCUACACCGACGCCGUCGUCUCCGCAGCCACCAAAGCGCUCAUGGUGCGCCUCCCCGUCGGCGUGGCCGGGAUCGUCGGAAUCGGCGCCGUCACUCGACCCCCUGCCCAAUUGGUUGGCACCUUCGUCGGAGCCUAUUCUCUCGGCGUUGCCCUCUCCAUUUUUCUUGGCUUAUCCGCAUAA